AUGUCAUGCCUGUCAGACACGUCUAGACGCCCAAACAUCAUAGAGCUUGGUGCCAACUGGAUCCAUGGGAGUGAAGGUAACCCUAUCUACAAACUCGCUGAAAAUCACAACCUUUUGAAGAAUACGGCUCGGCUCCAAACCUUCAACGCUCGUUACAGGCUUCGAGGGGACACCUUCAUGCCUGGGGGCCAGGUCAUAGACAGAGAGAUUGUGCAAGAGUUCCUGCACAUGUAUGAGGAACUGAUAGAAGAAUGUUGCAACUUCUUUCUCAAGAAGAAAACUCCUCACCCCCCAGAUGAAUCAGUGGGUAACUACCUUGAGCAAGAGUUUCCCAAGAGGCUCAAUCAGUCUACUGACAAUGAUGAUGUCAAGAGGCUGAAGAUGUCUCUCUUUAAGCAACACCUUAAGCAAGAGACCUUCAUUAAUGGGUGCCACAGUAUGAAGGAAGUUGGGCUUCAGUAUUUUGGCGAGCAUGUUUGCUUUGCUGGAGGUAACAUCAACUUGCCUGAUGGGUAUGACACAGUGUUUGGUGUGCUACUGAAGGAUAUUCCAUCUGAGUGUAUUUUGUAUAACAAACAAGUUAAAUGUGUUCUGUGGGAUCAGGUGGAAGCUGACACCAACAAUAGCCGUGCUGAACGUCAUCCCCAACAUGGUGUAAGCAUUGUGUGUGAAGAUGGAGAGAUCCUCAAGGCUGAUCACGUUAUUAUAACAGUUCCUCUUGGCUUCUUAAAGAAACAUGCUUCGACAUUCCUCCAGCCUCCACUGCCUGAGAAGAAGCAGAGAUCCAUUGCAAAGAUGGGUUUUGGAGUCGUGGACAAGAUCUUCCUGGAGUAUGAGAAACCCUUCUGGGAAGCAGGCAGUCCUGGAUUUCAGCUGGUUUGUAGGGAAGAAGAAACAGAGCCUAGGUGCCCUGAGGAGUGGUACAAGAAGUUGUACAUCUUCUAUGUAGACCCAAAGGCUCCUAACACUGUCUUUUGCUGGCUUUCUGGAGAAGAGGCACUGCACAUGGAGACACUGCCUGAGGAAGAGGUUGCACAUAAAAUUGUGGAGGUCCUCAGGAGGUUUACUGGGAAUGAUGAGAUCCCCCUCCCUCAGAGGCUUGUGAGAAGCAGGUGGGGCAAUGACCCUCUGACCUGUGGAUCCUACUCUUUCAUGGCUGUUGGGGCAAGUGGGGAAGACAUUGACACCAUAGCAGAACCACUCUACUCCCCACAUACAGGGGAGCCUGUGGUCCAGUUUGCCGGGGAGGCCACCCAUCGCCUGUACCAGUCCACUGUGCAUGCAGCUUACUUAUCUGGUCAGAGGGAGGCUGACAGGCUGAUCCACUUGUGCAGGCCCUGACUGUUGUUCUGUCAAUAUGCUAGGCUAUGUAGAUACAAAACUAACCAAUACGUGAGGGUUUUUUUUUUCAAAGUAGAGGACAACUAUGGGAAGUCAUCUUUGGUUGAAUCAAGGAGGUAUCAAUAACUUGAUUAGGGAUGUUGACAGAAAAAGAAGUUGCAACAACACAUGUAUUAUUCCAUAAUCACCUUCCACAGCAUCAGUAUAGCCAGGUCUGUAGCUUAUCAUCAGUGAAUCCGUGUAUGUAAGAUAGAUUAUGACCAAUUUUCAUCACUGGAAUGUAGAGAAUCAGAAUGUUACUUGAAUAAGCAAUAUUGUAAAGGUUCAUGUCAGAUAUAGACAUUUGCAUCACAACAGGUGCUUCAGGAUAUACCCCAGUAUGAGCCAGGAUUGGAUAUAGAUUGUUUAGAUUAAUCAAUCAAUCAAUAACCUUUAUUGAGGUACAAUGUAUUAGCUAGGAUGUGCAUGAUACCACAAACCCCUUUACACUAGGGUAGUUGUUGAUUUCUGGCGUUGAUGGCAAUGUUGACAUGAUGAUGUUUGCUGUCAAGCAUGUAAUUUUGUAUCAGAUUAAAAAUGAAACAUCAUGGAGAAAGAAUCAUGUAAAAAUGUAGUCUGAACAGUAUGUUGUAUUUUGUAUGUCUGUUUGGUUUAAGAUUAUCAGAAUUCCCCAGCUUAAUUUUUUCUGAAAAAUUCAAUUUUUAUUAUUAGUUGUCGGUGUUGUCGUCAUCAAAAGGAAUUCUGUUCAUUGCACUAUUUGUAUCAUGAGAAUGUUCUGCUAGUAAUCAGUAUCCAUCAUAAUGGAACUAGAUGUAAUGUUACAAUGUUCACUGUGAAAAAUUUACCAUGGAUUAAAUUGAAGAAGAGCCUGGUAAAACUUUUAUAAUGAAGGGUGCCACAUGCAUUGUUGUAUUCGCCUGACAAUAUCACCAUCAUAUUUACCAAGAAAUAAUAACUUCAAUUGUUCCAAGGAAAAUUACCAGCCUUUCACAUGCGACUCAAACGUACUAGUAUACAUUGAUAAUGCCUAGACUGGAUCGGCUUCCGGACUGGACCGCUCUUUCCACCAACCCAAUCAAUGUCACCACCACCCGUGCUUCCCCGCCCCUCAUAAGGAAAUGGUUUCUUCCAGAAAA